AUGGCGCCGUACACCAACAUUCCUCUAUCGCCUGCAGAGCUAUCCUACCUCCAUAACUCCCUCUCGCAAGAUCCUCCGGUACGGCCAGAUGGCCGAUCGACAACACAAUUCCGCCCGCUCGUCGCCGAAACCGACAUUUUACCUUCCACCAACGGCAGUGCUCGGAUCUGCUUCGCCGACGGCACCGAAGCGAUCGUAGGGAUCAAAGCCGAAGUGGAGAAGAGUCGACCGAGCCGGGGAGGGAACGGCGCGGUCGUUCUUGCCGAGGAUGCCUCACAACCGACCGAUUCCAGAUCCGCCUUACAUAGAGAUGUGGACAUGGACGAUGCCAACGCCGAUGACGAAGGCGGCGCUGCGAGAAACCAACACGGCGGGAGAGGGGACAACGAUUGGCUCGAGAUGAGCAUUGAGAUCCCGGGGCUCCGCGACGACGAUGCUUUGCCGGUCUUCCUCGCGGCGAUGCUGACGGAGGCGUUGCUCGCGGACGGAGCUGUAAGAGAUCGCCUGUGGAUCAACUCACGAUUUCACUGGAGAUUAUAUAUCGAUAUCCUACUUCUCUCCCAGCCGCUCUCCUACCCACUUCCGCUCCUCUCGCUCACCACCCACCUCGCCCUCCUCUCCACGCGCCUCCCGGCCCUCAUCUCCGAAAAGGACGAAGACCCACUCUUCAACGACGACUGGGAAGCCGCGGCCUGGCUCUACCCACGCAAGAGCAGCAGCAGCAACACCACCUCCAUCACCACCACACCAACCUCCAAACCGCCCAUCACACUCCUGGUCAUGACCGUCGGCCCCAACACGAUCCUCUUCGACCCCAGCAAAGAGGAACUCGCCGUGGCCGACGCGGUGGUCGCCAUCUCCAUCACACCCUCCUCCUCCUCCCCAUCCGCCGGUGGGACCACAGCACCCUUCAAAGUCAUAGCUCUCCGCACGAUCGACCCUCCCUCCCGCCUCACCGCCGCCGGCGUCCUCAACACCACGGCCGCCGUACCUUCCACCUCAGCAGCGCCCGCAUCAGGAGCAGCGGCCGCCGUCAUCCCGCCCGACCGCGCCGCCGCCCUGCGCGAACUCGACGCCGGGAGGACCGUGUGGCGACCUUCGCGCGGCGGCCUGAGUCGGGCCGUGCUCGCGAGGAUGAUCAAGGCCGUGGUGGAAAAAGGCGGUGUGGGGGAGGAAGUUCUGGGGGGGUUGGAGGGCGUGGAGGUCUGA